AUGCUGAACAAUCAUCCCAACAGGCAUCUGGCCCUUCUGGUGGCAAUUUGUUCGUUUAACAGUCUCCUAGCACCAGUCCAGUCGCAACAAAUACAAACCGUGCCCUUGUCGCCAUCAUACCACACACUGUACGAGCGCAACGUCGAUCUACUCUGCCGUACCGGCAAACCCAUCGACCAGUGCCGCGUACGGCUUCCCGGGCCUUCCGCCGAAACGUUCGACGUUGGCAGCUUACCGGCAGGCGUCAAACGCAUCGGGGACGAGUCGCGCGGAGAAUGUGGCGUACGGUUGGGCACGUUCACUACCGAACGGGUCGGCAAGUUCGUCUGCAUCGUCAUGAUCGGAGGCGAACAGUUUGAGGCGGCGAUCGAAUUAAAGCAACGCGUACCACCCCGGCCAACCGAGCUGAAGAUCUCCAAGACUACUGCCCUGAUCGAUGGUGGUAUACGGGCGAACCAGACGCUCAAAGCGAGAUGUAUGUCGCGGUUCGGAUUACCCGUGUCCAAUCUUACCUGGUAUCUGGAUGAUAAACCGAUUGACGAAACUCUGCUCAAACCGGCCCAAAUUACCACCGAAAUGCAGGAUGGGAAAAAUCUGCAAACGAUCCAGCAGGAGGUUAAUCUGUACGUCACACCGGAACAGAACGGCCAGAUGCUUGAAUGUGUGGUAAAUCAUCCCGCGUUUAAAUCCGAGCAACGGACAUCGUUUCCACUAAACGUAAAGUUCGCACCGGAAGCGAUACCACACAUCCAUAUCGAUGAGCUGCCGGCAACCGGAAGUGCAACGGUCAACAUUACAAUCCAUGCCAACCCGCAACCCAUUACCCGGUGGACCGUCAAUGGGCGGCUGAUAAAGGAGGGCGAAUCGGUGGACAUCUACCAGGCGUACAUUCCACGUCCAACAGCGGGUAAUGGCGAGUACAGGGUGUUGCUUAAAAACAACGACUGCUCCAAGGAGCGAGCGACGCUGUUCACGCUCGAGGCCACCAACGUGCUCGGCACGCAGACCUACAUCAUCAAGGCGGUCCGGGUGGACGACGAAGGGACGGAGGUGAUCCGGAACGAUGACUACAGCUACAACGAUGACAGCAACGGAUCCACCUUCUGGCUGAUAAGCGUCUGGACCUUCUUCUGCUCUGUGAUAGCUACACGUCUGUUGUGAAUCCAAUUCGU